AUGGGUUUGAUGGAUGGAGGCCCGAAGGAGGGCCCGGCCCCCUUGUCCUCCACCCGGGCCCCUUGUCCUCCGCCCGGCCCCCUUGUCCUCCAUCCGGGCCCCUUUACCUUCGCCCGUCAUCGGGGUCCCUUUACCUUCGCCCGGCCCCCUUGUCCUCCACCCGGGCCCCUUGUCCUCCGCCCGGGCCCCUUGUCCUCCACCCACCCCCCUUGUCCUCCACCCGGGCCCCUUGGCCUCCGCCCGGCCCCCUUGUCCUCCGCCCGGGCCCCUUUACCUUCGCCCGGCCCCCUUGUCCUCCACCCCGGCCCCCUUGUCCUCCGCCCGGGCCCCUUGUCCUCCACCCGCGCCCCCUUUACCUUCGCCCGGCCCCCUUGUCCUCAGCCCGGCCCCCUUGUCCUCCGCCCGGGCCCCUUGUCCUCCGCCCGGCCCCCUUGUCCUCCAUCCGGGCCCCUUUACCUUCGCCCGCACGGGUCCCUUUACCUUCCGCCCGGCCCCCUUGUCCUCCACCCGGGCCCCUUGUCCUCCGCCCGGGCCCCUUUCCUCCACCCACCCCCCUUGUCCUCCACCCGGGCCCCUUGGCCUCCGCCCGCCCCCCUUGUCCCUCCGCCCGGGCCCCUUUACCUCCGCCCGGCCCCUUGUCCUCGCACCCCGGCCCCCUUGUCCUCCGCCCGGAGACGCCAAGACGAGGCGAGAGGAGAAGCCCUGAGGUCACAUCCGACCUGCUUGACCUCUACAAGCACUACCGCGAAUUGCGCUUCAACCUCCGCCCACACUGCCAUCUUCAAGAAAACGCUCAACCUGACCGUGCGCUUCCCUGAACCACCCACCUCAUCCAAUUUCAACGCCCAUAUUAAGUUUUUCAAAAUUGCUGAAAACUCGCUUUUGAGUCACAAGGCAUACAAAAAGUCCAAUAAUAAUAACCGUUCAGGAUUAAUGUUUAAUUCACCUCCAGACCAGGCUUUACUUUUGAGUCUAGAUUUCAUCCUGCGCAUGCGCGGAGAGGACAAGUUGAUCCCACCAAUCCUGUAUUUAUAG